AUGGUCUCCAGCUCUCCCAGCUUGACCGUGCCUUUAACUCAAUCUACCGCGCAGGUCUUCAAAUUCCGAUGCUUGUUCACCCACGAUCUCCGCCGCAAAGCCAAACGUUGGCAAGAUGGCUUCGUUCGCUACCACACCUUCAACAAACGCGUUAUGGUCUUCGAUGACCAGGGGAAUUUCGUCGGCGAUUUACAUUGGCGACAAGAGGAGACGAUUCAGGAUGGGGAUGAGUUGGAGUUGGAUAAAGGCGUGUUGAUUCAGGUCGGGGAAUCCAUGGAGAAAACCGAGACGGAUUUGUCGCCCUUGUUCGAGAGGAGGAAAGCCAGUCAGACUUCGCCGUCGCAGCCGUCGCAGUCGCAAACGAGGAAUUUUCCGACGCGAUCGUCGCAGCCGUCUUCGCAGUCAUCGCGGUCUUUGAACGAUCUCCUGGGGAUUAGGCGGACUCCGAUUGAACGGUUCAGAUCGCCCUCCGAACGUCCCCCACCACGACCGGUUGAAAUACCAGAGGGAUCCAGACCCGCGAAGCGACAAAAAACAGUCCCUUCACAUCCUCCACAGCGCUCGCCUGUGAUCGACCUGUCUGAACCGUCUUCCGUCCGGGCGCCGGCCAAAGAACCAACUACAAAACCGACUUCACGACCUGAGCGCGCACAACCUCCACACCCGCGGCCUGCAGCUCCCGCCCGACCUACACCUACACCAUCCACGUCCAAUGAUACCAGAUCCAAACCGGAGCAGACGCAGCAAAGACCAUCUGAAAAUGCACUACCUUCCACGCACUUCUCAUUCUCCAGCAGUUCGUCAUCAACUCCCCGGAAUACGCUCCAGCUGUCUAGAGAAAAGCCGCGUAAAAAGUUAAUGUACUGUGCGCUGUUACCCGGCCAAACCAACACGUCGGAAACGGGAUCGGACAGAACCAGCCCUCAGUCGGAGCAAAGAGAGCCACAGGGGGCACCAAAACCCGUGGCUCCGGAUCCGGUCCCCACUGAUGUGCAAAUGACAUCGGGCGAUUCUACUCUUGAUGUCCUGGCUGAGAUGAUAGAAGACUCGCCUUUUGAAUCGGAUGUCGAAGAAACCAAUGCUGUAAAAGAGUCUUCUUCAAAUCAAGCAACCAAACCAGCACCUCUUCCCAACAAACCUCCACGACCAGCUCCACCAGAUCCAUGUCCGGAAUUUCCCCCUGCUGCAGUCAACCACGCUGCGCGCUCCCAAGGCAUCCCACCAGCACCCGCCAAACAAUCUUCACGUGGUUUCCAGAAAUCCUAUUCAGAUCCUGCUGCCUUUCACACCGUCAAUAGCAUCCAAUCACGCCAAUUGCCCUCGAGUACACUCGAUCUGCUCGUAGAAGAGGAUUCAGACGAAGAAGAGCAGACACAGGACCGUGUCCAAGAACAGGGACCAUGGACGGUUGAGGCGCUGGAUCUGUUUGAUUUCUGGCCGCCGGAAAGGCCGAAGCCUGUUUAA